AUGGAGCUCGGCAGCAACUGCACCGUUUUCAUUGCAGGCGGCAAGGGGGAUGCACCGUCCGCUGCGGAUAUUCAGAAGAAGCUUGAAAGCCCCCACGAUGAACUAAAGGCCGAAGGCAUGCAGGAGCUAAUCACUGGUUUGGUUCAGGGGGAACGCUAUGAGCGCCUCCUGAUGCCAGUAAUUCGCUUUUGCAUCCCGUGCAGCAACAACCGCGUGAAGAAACUCGUCCUUUUAUAUCUAGAGGUCGUAGACAAGUGCGAUGCUCAGGGGAAGCUCAAGGAAGAGAUUAUACUCAUCUGCAAUGCCCUUAGAAAUGAUUUAACAUCUCCCAAUGAGUUCGUCAGGGGCAGCGCGCUACGCCUCGUUGCAAAAAUUCGUCAGCAAAAAGUUGUGGAGCCUUUGUUGGAAGCCAUCAUCAAGAACCUUACACAUCGCCACAGUUACGUUCGCCGCAACGCGGUGCUGUGCGUGUUGGCAUUGAUUCGGCAUUUUGGACUGGAAUUUGUUCCUCAUGCCCUUGAGCAAGUCGAUCAGCUUCUUCUCAUGGAAGGGGAUGCCAGCACACGCCGUGCCGCCUUCCUGCUACUGCUACACUGCGAUACGAAACGUGCUUUGCUGUACAUUCAGCAGCAGCAACAGCAACAAGGAGCUGAUGGCGAUGAGGCAGCUCUGUUAGCCAUGGGGGAGCAGAUGCAGCUGGCUAUCUUGGAGCUUGUUAGAAAAGUUUGCCGUCUCAAAUUGCCUGCAAAGGCUGCCUUGCUUCGCGUAGCUGUUUCCCUGCUGAAUUCUGCAUCUCCCUCGGUGGCUUACGAGGGAGCCUCGUGUGUUCUCGCCUUUAAUCCAAGCAGCGCUGGCGUGCGCGCAGCGUGUGGCGCACUGACUCACCUCCUUUUGCAACAAACAGAAAACAACAUCAAGCUCAUCAUGCUUGACAGGGUUGCCGACUGUGUCACGGCUGCAAAGAAAGGCAACUUGUGCGACUAUGUCGUCGACCUCAUGAGAGGUUUGCAGACGAACUCCCUCGAGGUGAGAGGCCGCAUUUUGAGUCUCGUAGGUCGCUUGGUGUCUGCGGAGACAGCGCCGCAAGUUGUAGGCAUCCUCAAAAAACAUAUUGCCAAGGCUGGAGAGGCUGAGGCACUGACGACUCCUGGAUCCUCCGAAUAUCGCGCCAUGUUGGUGCAAGCACUUAUCCAUCCGCAAGUCAUGUCUUCCUCGCUGGGGUGUAUAUCUGAUCUUCUGGGGGAUGCCGAUGCACGCGUUGCCACCAGUGCUGCUCAGCUUUUACGUAGAUUAGCAGCCACCGAGCUGAGCCUCAGAGACAUAAGAAGUCGCCUUCCGUCUGUUUGCAAAUGUGGUGUCUCUCUCCUCCUCCCCCUUUCCUGGUGCUCUACGCUCUUUUUGUCUUCUGCCGCUCCUGCUGAAUGUGUUUUCAACGAUUUGGAGUCUGCACACUGCUCUUUGUUGCAUGCGUCUGCAUCAGCGGCCACCGCUCCUGAAGACUUGGCAGCCACACCUGCCGGCAUGCAGCAACAGCCCCAAGUGCAAACACGCACAGUUAUCCUCGCGGAUGGCUCUUAUGGAACUGAGUCUGUUGUGCAGGAAGACACAGACACCUCAGGAAAAC